UUCAAAUCGCACGUCUUCCGUUUUAAUUCUCAGACAGUGAGUACACUGAACGUGACGCAUGUAAGUUCAAGGUAAUCAUAUGGGAACAAGGUGUCUCCCACACCGGUGACAUUGAAGGCAGCACAACUCCGUGCUGUGGAGAAUAAGCAGAUAGAACCCCGCCUUGAAUGUCCACGGUUCUCCUCUCUCGCCGCGUCUCCUUCCUCCUCCUCCUCCUCCUCCUCCUCCAGUAUCGACGGUAACUCCGCUGCGUGCGUAAAGCUGCAGGAGAACAAGAGGACAAUUUCACCUUCUGCUCCACUUCUUCCAAGAACAAAACUGAAGCAUCCCAACCCUUUUUUAAUUUAUGUAUUUAUUUCAAUUUUUCUUUUCCUUUUUUACAAGCAGCUGGAAAGAUUUUUUACAUUUUACUGAAGUGUGAUUUUAAUUUUCGUGCCUCGCAGUCGUGCGUUUUUCCCCCCUCCUGUCGAGCCAGCUUGAACUAAUGAUUCGCACCCAAGCAGCUGCACAGCCACGGUUCGUUUAAAUAAGAAAACUAUGUACAAAGCAAAGAAAGGACACAGUUGGAACUAAAUGUGGAUGCUCUUGGAUUUAAUUACCGGUGCCUGAAAGAACAAAGACUGAGUCAAACUUAUGGCGUGAAGGGCCCAUUCUUGGCCUCUGUCACUCCCUCAGCUAAUGGAUGUCUUUACCCACUAUGCCUACAACGACAGCUUCUACGACAACGGAACAUGGAGCUUCAACAACACAGAACCAUUGCCGAGGCACACCUACAACUACUAUGCCAUGCUUCUCACGCUGCUCAUCUUCGUCAUCGUCUUUGGCAACGUGCUGGUGUGCAUGGCGGUGUCCAGAGAAAAGGCUCUGCAGACCACCACUAACUACCUGAUCGUCAGCCUUGCAGUGGCUGACCUUCUGGUUGCCACGCUGGUGAUGCCGUGGGUUGUCUACUUGGAGGUAGUGGGAGAGUGGCGUUUCAGCAAGAUCCACUGUGACAUCUUUGUCACUCUUGAUGUGAUGAUGUGCACAGCCAGCAUCCUCAAUCUUUGUGCCAUUAGCAUUGAUCGAUACACAGCAGUUGCAAUGCCAAUGCUGUACAACACACGCUAUAGCUCCAGAAGAAGAGUCACAGUCAUGAUCUCUGUGGUGUGGGUAAUGUCUUUUGCCAUAUCAUGCCCCUUGUUGUUUGGCCUUAAUAACACAGCCACCCGUGAUGAGUCCCUCUGUGUGAUUGCCAAUCCGGCCUUUGUGGUGUACUCCUCUAUCGUGUCCUUCUAUGUACCCUUCAUCAUAACUCUGCUGGUUUAUGUGCAAAUUUAUGUGGUCCUGAGGAAGCGCAGGAAACGUGUAAACACAAAGCCAAAGCAGCGCAUCUGCCAGGCUGUCGACACUGACGGGGCCACUUCACUGAAGGAUAAGUGCACUCAUCCAGAGGAUGUCAGGCUGUGCACCAUGAUUGUGAAAUCUAAUGGGAGCUUUCCUGUCAACAAGAAGAAAGUGAUUUUCAUCAAAGACGUGGCCAACGAUGGGGAAGAUCUGGAGCUGGAUGAGCUGAACAACAGUGGCAGCAGCCAGAAGCAGAAGCAGCUGACGCAGAGUGUUCUUGGAGACACUCCGGCAACCAGCCACCAGCAACUGAUGCCUAGCAAGGCCAACGCCAGUCCCACUUCCACACCUCCCACACCCCCAGAGGAGGGUCAGAAAGCAGAAAAGAAUGAAGAUACCACGGAUGUCCUGACUGACCCAGCACCCAUUGUAGCCAAAGCCUUCCAGACUCAAGCCUUACCUAAUGGCAAGACUCAGACGUCUGUCAAAACCUUGAGCAAGAGGAAAAUCUCUCAGCAGAAGGAGAAAAAAGCUACUCAGAUGUUAGCCAUUGUCCUUGGUGUAUUCAUCAUAUGUUGGUUGCCGUUUUUCAUCACGCAUAUCUUGAACACCCACUGCACCAAAUGCAAGGUUCCCGCUGAGAUGUACAAUGCGUUCACUUGGCUGGGCUAUGUAAACAGCGCUGUAAAUCCCAUCAUAUACACCACCUUUAAUGUUGAAUUCAGAAAGGCAUUCAUUAAGAUCUUGCACUGCUAAAACUCCACAUCCCUGUCUGGUAAGAGUGAGGAAAAAUGAUAAAUAAAGGGUUAGGCCACCUCUUUUUGGCAAAUACCUCAUUCUGGGAAGGAAUCCACUUCGCAUGGGAAACCGCAAUCUGCUUUUCAAAGUUACGGAUUACAGUGAUUGAAAAAAACAAAAAAAAAA